AUGGCUGCCAUUCUCGAAAAGAUUGCAAAGUUGGCCAUCCCUGCUGGUCUCUUGGUCGGUGGUGUCCAGUCCGCCAUGUAUGAUGUCCAAGGUGGUCAACGUGCCGUCAUUUUCGAUCGUAUUCAAGGUGUCAAGGAACAGUCGACUGGUGAAGGCACUCAUUUCCUCGUCCCUUGGUUGCAACGUGCUGUUCUCUUUGAUGUUCGUACCAAGCCUCGCAAUAUCACUUCCACCACUGGUUCCAAAGAUAUGCAAAUGGUGAGCUUGACUCUUCGUGUGCUUCAUCGUCCCGAUAUCAAGAAGCUUCCUGCUAUCUAUCAAAACUUGGGUCUUGAUUAUGAUGAGCGUGUGUUGCCAUCCAUUGGUAACGAAGUCCUCAAGGCUAUCGUCGCUCAAUUCGAUGCCAGCGAAUUGAUUACUCAACGUGAAGUUGUCUCUGCCAAGAUCCGUGAAGAAUUGUACAAGCGUGCUAGAGAUUUCAACAUUGCAUUGGAGGAUGUGUCUAUCACCCACAUGACCUUUGGCCGUGAAUUCACCAACGCUGUCGAGCAAAAGCAAAUUGCCCAACAAGAAGCUGAACGUGCCAAGUUUAUUGUCGAGCGUGCUGAACAUGAACGUCAAGCUGCUGUCAUCCGUGCUGAGGGUGACUCUCAAGCUGCCGAAUUGAUCUCUCAAUCCUUGGCUAAGGCUGGUCAAGGUCUUGUUGAAUUCCGUCGUAUUGAGGCUUCCAAGGAGAUUGCUGGCACUCUCUCGGCUUCUCGCAACGUUACUUACCUUCCCAGCAACCGUGGUGAUGGCAGCAACAUGCUUUUCAACAUUGGCGCUUAG